AUUAUUGUCUGCGAUAACUUCACCAGAUAGUCUGGAGGCAGCAUACCGCAGUAUUUUCCUAAACCGGAAACAGACCAUUUUGGUUGCCGCACCGCUUGACGCCAUUUUCAAAACGGCUAACCUUUAUUGCGCACAGCAAAGUUGUUCAGCAGAGGAGUUUAAAUAAAGAAACGGAUCGUUUGAAUGGGUGAAGAAAACAGUGGAACCUCAGCAAAAUGAUGGAGCUACCCAACUACAGCAGCCAGCUGAUGCAGCAGCUGUGGGCCCUGAGGAGGGAGGGCCACCUGUGUGACUGCACCAUACUGGUGGGGGACAGCCCCCACCGCGCUCAUAAACUGGUACUGGCUGCCUCCAGCAUGCUCUUCAGGUCUCUCCUGGAGGGCUCCGACACCAUCUCCAUCGACACGGCCAUGGUCUCCUCGCAGGAGUUCGGCUGCCUGCUGGACAUGGUCUACACCGGCAAGCUGCCUCUGGGCAAACACAACGUGAGCCGCAUCGUGGCAGCUGCUGACAGCCUGCAGAUGUUCGACGUGGCCGUUGGCUUCAAAAAUGUCCUCACUAGUCUGGUAAACCAGCAAACUCUGCUCCAAUCGACACACACCCCCAGCCUCCCGGUGAUAAACAAAGUCCAGAACACUGAAGGUUCCGCUUCCCCCAACAAGGAGGACACAAGUUCAGACAAGACGGAGCUUCAGGCUCCGCAGAGGAAGAGAGAGAGUCAGGGUGACGGUGAAGCUGCAGAGGAGCCGGCGUGCAAAAGGAGCUGUGUGGAGAACUCAGAAGCUGAAGAAGCCAAACCCUCAGCAGUGGAGGAAAACAACCCGACAGCAGCACAGCAGUCUUGCGGGCCAGCAGCUGGAGUUCUGGAACAUUCCUCUGAGCUGGUGGAGCUCCUCAGCAACAUGCCGUCUGUCCUGGAGCUGCUGAGCCAGGCAGCACAGGGAGGCCUGGCUGAGCAGGAGAGACAGCUGGUGUGUGAGUGCUGUGAGGAGGCAGAUCCCCGCUCAGUGCUGGAGAAGCUGCUGAGCCGAGUGAGGGAUGAGCAGCUGAGCGAGGCUGGGCUCCUCACCCUGCUCCUCACCCUGCAGCAACAAGCUCCCUCCUCCUUCCCCUGCCCCCUGCUCCCCCUGCUGGAAGAGGCACAGAAGAGGCUCCCUGCAGGCAGAGAACUGUUGGACUCAGAAAAGCAGAACAGCAGCACUGGUGAAGAAAAGCAGGAGGAAGAGGACAAAAAAGAGGAGUCAGAAGAGGACGAGAAAGUCAUUGAUGCUGCGACAGACCCCUCUUCCCCCUCCAAGCCCUACUCCUGUCGCUGGUGUAAGAGGGGCUUUGCCUACAAGUGUCGGAUGCUGGCCCAUGUGAAGCGCUGCCCCGCCUCCCAGGAGGAGGAGCAGCAGUGCCCGCAGUGCCCCAAGAAAUUGGCCAACCAGCGGGCCCUGCAGCAGCACCGCGCAGAGGCCCACCGCAGCACCAGCCGGCUCAAGAAGAAGGUGUCAUGUGACCUCUGCGGGAGGUCCUUCGCCCACCCAUCAGGCAUGCUUUACCACAAACGCACCGAGCACUUUGAAGAGAAACCGUUCGCCUGUGAGGAAUGCGGAGCAAAGUUCGGCGCCAACUCUUCUCUGAAGAAUCACAUGAGGCUGCACACCGGAGAGAAGCCGUACUGCUGCAAACACUGCCACAUGAGCUUCAGCGUGGCUGCCGCACUCGCAUACCACACCAAGAAGAAACACUCUGAGGGGAAGAUGUAUGUGUGUCAGUACUGUAAGGCCGUCUUCGCCCAGUCCAUCGAGCUGACUCGCCAUGUGCGCACACACACCGGUGAUCGGCCGUACGUGUGCCGAGAGUGUGGCAAAGGUUACAGCCAGGCCAGCGGACUCACCGUGCACCUGCACACCUUCCACAAUCUGUCGGAACCUCAUGACUGUCAGAAGUGCUGCCUCAGCUUCUCCUCUCUGGAGGAGCACCGGCAGCACUUCCAGGAGCACCACCCCAAGGAGUUCCACAAGUGCCCCACCUGCGACAAGGUGUUCACCAGCGCCGCCCUGCUGGACAAACACAAGGGCACACACACAGGGAGCAAGCCCUUCAGCUGCGAGCUCUGCAACAAGUCUUACCAGCAACUGUCUGGCCUCUGGUACCACAAUAGGACCAACCACCCUGACGCGUUUGCUAACCACACUCGGCAGCUCAAGACCCUGUGCCAGUGUGACGUCUGCUUCAAGUUCUUCCCCAACGCUGCCAGUGUGGCCAAACAUCAGGCGGCCGAGCACCAGGGCUCCUCGGCUGCAGUGCUGACCUGUCCCUACUGCCCCGCUGUGCUGGGGGGGGAGGAGGAGCUGCAGGAGCACAUCAGCAGCCAGCACGUGGAGGCGGUCAGCUGCCCCUUGUGCUCCCUGCUCUGCUGCACCCAGAUGGAGCUGCAGGAGCACGUGCUCUCCUGCCACAUGGAGGAGCAGGAGGAGCAGGAGGAGCAGGAGGCAUCCGGCUCCCACACUGUGACUGCAGCAGAUCUAGCAGGACAUGAAGGGGCGGAGUCAGAGGCCCAGCAGGUGUUUGUGGCUCUGGCAGGAGGCAGAGAGGGCGCAGCGGAGGUGGAAGUCAACAUGUAUGACCUGCUCAACAGCUCCGUCACAUUCAUCUGUGAGGACAAGCCGGCGGCGCCGGUCUCCUGACCCAGACCUCCGACCCCUUGAGGAUCAGUGUUAUGUCUCAGCUACAACACACACACGCACAUACACACACACGCACGCACGCACACACACAACUCUGUUUUCUUUUGCUGUUUUCAUGAAAAGAACUGAUUGUGUCUUUAGUUUCUACUCAGAAACCCUCUACACGUAUCUCUGCUUCAGUCACUACCCCCACCCCCCAAACUCACAGACAGAUCUGAGACCAGUGAAGGUUCUUGCCUUUGAAAAAAGUGAAUUUGGAAGUGUUAAUAAUCAUUUUGUUGUUAUCUCCAACUCUGCAAACUCCAUACCCUGAUGAAGACUGGGAUUAAAUAGUUUAUCUGAUCAUUGAAGGAUUUAUUUUGGAUUCGUCACCAAAUCCCAUGAAAACACUAAAACCCUGUGUGUGUGUGUGUGUGUGUGUGUGUGUGUGUGUGUGUGUGUGUGUGUGUGUGUGUGUGUGUGUGUGUGUGUGUGUGUGUGUGUGUGUGUGUGUGUGUGUGCGUGCGUGCGUGCGUGCGUGCGUGCGUGCGUGCGUGCGUGCGUGCGUGCGUGCGUGCGUGCGUGCGUGCGUGCGUGCGUGCGUGCGUGCCUGUGUGUGUGUUCCUAUCAUAACUCUUCAACGUCACUUAUUUAAAACAAACAUGUGGUUGCUCUUUAGGACCGAGCCAACAGGACAGAGUGUGUUUGUUGAUGAGAGCUCCUCUGACGUGAACUUUCUUGUCAUUUAAAAUAAAAAACAACCAUACCAAUUCAAA